AUGAGAGUUCACCUUCAAUUUGAAGAUCCAUCGCUACGGGACUACGUUCUCUACUCCAUCGUUGGUAACUUCAUCCGUGGCAACUUUACGCCAACCAGUUUCACUGAAAGACCUUGCAGAGAUGAAGAACCUCUUCCCUACUUCGUGCCAAAACGCACAAGAGCUGUUCGUUCCAAACACGUUAAGACCAAGUGGCACAAUGAAGAUUAUACUUAUAGGACGAAGAGUGAAAGUGAAUUCGAUGGAUAUUACUUUAAGCCGAGGUUCCGUAGUUAUUCGCGAGUGGAACGGUCAGUGUUCAAGAUGAGAUAUAGAUUCGUGCCUGCAACGAUAGUUAGUGGACCGUUGGAAGGCAGGACCAGUGUAGUGCUGCAGUGGUCACUAAUUGACGUUUCGCGAAUAGAAAGUGAAGAAACUAGUGUUGUUUUUAGGUUACGUUAUAGAAAAACGACUAGCGCCACCAUUUACCAAGUGUUCUUUACUAAAACUUUAAGACUAGAUUGUGCAAUACACAUACGACCAAUGAGAUCUGGACGCGUCCAUUCCGGGCAUCUUCCGAAAACCCACGGGUGCCGCUUGCUCUUCUCUCCGCCUUCACCAAAAAACGCGCUUCUCAUUGACUUACACAAAUUAAACGUUCCUUGCUCCAGUGGAUUUGUGAAGUUCACGCCAACAUCGCCAAUUAUUUGUGGAAAGCUGGAACAAAUACCAGUUCCGAAUAGAAAAUAUCUUUACCAGUCUUCAUUGAGCAAUCCAGAAUUAGAGCUCCAUGGUCGACCCACGUUCGCCGCGAUUUAUCGUCUAGUGGAUCAUUGUCACGAUGUUCUUCUGACGGGAAGAAACGGCUCGUUCGAAGUUGGCCCAACAACAAAAUUAUUCUGCUCGUAUAAAAUUCACCUUCCGUAUGGAAACCGAGUCGCUUUACGUCUGCAAAUGGGCACAGGACCGAUAAACAGAAGGGAUUCUGAGAAUUCCAAUAUAAUUCAUGAGGACUUACAUACAUUUUGUAAAGGAAUGGAGCUUAACUUAAUAGAUGGCGAUUCGAGAUGGAAGCAUUGCUCGCAACCAGGAGAUCCUUUGCGGAGUGUUCAAAUUAUUUCUGAGAGAAAUUUUGUCAGACUUAAUAUAAGUAUUUUGGCUAAGAAAAACUCUUCAGCGAUGUGGUUGAAAGUUUGGUGGAUGGACAAGCCAGUAGAAGAAAUUAUUGGGCAUUGUGAAUACGGAUGGGUGGUUUCUGGAGAUUUCUGUAUAAUGGCUGUAAGGGAAACUAAAAAGGCAUGGAGACAAGCUGAGAACGAGUGCGUUAAAAUUGGCGGCCAUCUUGCUAGCAUACUGAAUGAGCGACAGCAACAAAUAAUGGACCAACUCCUUAUACAUGCACCUGGCGCCGGAACAGACGAUGUUUACUGGAUCGGGGCUACGGAUGCCGUCCACGAGGGCGAGUUCCGGUGGUCAGAUGGCCUACCUUUUUCGUACGCACACUGGUUCCCUGGUUGGCGCAAACAUGCUGGUCAGCCCAACGAUGAUGGAACCUCUGGGCAAGACUGCGUAGAAGCUCGUAGAGAACUGCCUCCUCGACCGGCACACCCAACUUUUAUGUGGAACGACAGAAGUUGCAGAGAACACAACUACUUCGUCUGCGAGAGACCUGGAAUUGAAGAUCCAUAUAAAGCGUCUAAAGUACAAUGCAACGAAUCAAUAGUUCUGUCUCAUUUGCACCCACACGCAACCGUCUCGAGCCCUGGUUUCCCUCGUCCGUAUCCUGAUGAUGUUCACUGCGUCACCGUAAUACAAGCACCACCAGCUCACACCAUCCGACUGCAUUUUGAGGAGCUACUCACUGAACAUGAACCACAUUGCAGCUAUGAUUUCCUGGAGAUUAUCGAGUCGAGUAUGGAUAAUGCUACGGAUUUGGGACCCGAGGAGUGGAUUUCGCAUGAACACGGCUUCGGUUCUGAAAAUGAGGUAUGGGAAGAGUUGGAAACACAUUUGUCCGAGUCGGAUGCGGUGAGCGCGGGGUGGUCGCGCGAUACACAUGCGGCGCGAACUCGUCGUCUUUGCGGCGACUGGAGUGGAAAAUUGAAGCUCUUGCGGUAUCAGUCACGCGGGAACUCGCUGCGUUUGCGGUUCCGUUCCGAUCACUCCCGACACUACGCUGGAUACCGCGUUAAACUAACUUUAACGGAUACGCAGUCAUGUAUGGACGUGAAGCAGAUCCUUUUCAACGGCUAUUGCUAUCUUUUCUCCGGCUACCCCCAGGCGUCCUGGACUACAGCGAAGCAGGUUUGUGAUGGACUAAACAUGAAGCUGUCAUCCGUUCAUACAGCAGAAGAGGAACGAUUCGUAGUAACAGGCAUCAGACAAAGCAGCGAUUACAGCGCUGGAUCCGUAUACUGGCUCGGUGCUCGUGUAGACAACAACGCUGAACUCAGCUGGAUUGAUGGAUCGACUUUGGAUUACCAUGCGUGGCCACCGUAUAACGAUACAGAAGAAAUCGACGAAGCGUGUUUAGGUGUACAAUGGAAGACAUCACCAGUACCGUCCCAACCCAGUGGCUUGUAUUGGACGAUGCACAAAUGUGCAGCUACUGGUGGAUACGUAUGCAAACGUCGUCUCUACUCGGAACAUAUUCUGACAAACACAACUGUUGAAGGAACAUCAGGUGUACUAACCAGCCCAAAUCAUCCAAGUAUUUAUGACAACGAUCUAGAUUAUUGGGUGCACGUUAGAGGACCUGCCAAUACGCGACUCGUGUUCGUCUUCCAGACCAUCGACCUGGAGUACCAGAACGAUUGCCUUUAUGAUUUUAUUGAGUUACGAGAUCGAAAAGUUCAUUCGAAGUCGUCAAGGUAUUGUGGUUCGGUCGGUGAAACCAGAUGGGUGGCAACGACCAACGAAGCUGUACUUCAUUUUCACUCCGAUUACAACACACCAGGUUCAGGGUUCUCAGUAAAUUGGCGAGCAGUAGAAUUAGCAGGUUGUCCGUCCCAAACAUUCACGUCCAAAGAAGGAGUCUUACACAGCCCGAACUACCCACAUUUUCUUUUACCUGAUUUGGAUUGUACCAUUGAUAUUUUUGCACCCACAGGUAAAAGAAUAUUCCUUAACAUCAGCUUCUUUGAUUUUGGCUACGGGAUGUUCCAAAAUGGUGUCCCGAUCAACGUAACUGAAGUUAUACCUGAAGACAAUUACGUAGAAGUUCAAGUAGAUACACAGAGUGCUCCUAUUAGACCAUUUCUGAAUUCGAAGAUACUAAAUAAUGGAAUUUUUGUAUCACAAGCCGAAGUCAUGAGAUUGAGGUUGAGAACUGGUGAAAAUGCCACGGGAGUAGGAUUUUUUGCGCAUUUCAAAACUGAGUGGUUCGUGAACGUGUCGCACGUGGUGCAGCUCCGCGAGAGCACGCGCGGCGCGCUGGCGGCGCCCAACUGGCCGGGCGCGGCGCCGGCGCGCGUGGCGCUCAGCACGCGCGUGUUGGCGCCGCACGGACACACGCUGUCCGCCUCGUUCGCGCGCACUGCCCUCGUGCCCAACCACGCGCACUGGCCGUGCGGACAGGGGAACGGAUGGAUUGAGGUUAGAGACAGCUACACAGACAACAACGGCACGCAAUGGACGCUCUGCGGCAUUACCAGAAGCAAAAGAAAAACUGAGUCGAAUGCUCCUCUUGUUAUCAACUCCUAUCUCCACUCACUGAUCGUGUCGCACCACGCUGGCGACGCUGGACUGAACAUGGAAGUCUCUCUUAUGGUCAAUAUAGAUGCGGAAUAUCACAACAAAAUGCUCAUUCUUCCCGACGAGAUCAACUUAGAGUCGUGCUAUCCCAAUCCUUGCUCGCAUGGUGGUCGAUGUGCUGCAGAUGAUUCGAGAAAUUUCUGUCAGUGCUCGGGCUAUUACACAGGAGCAUUCUGCUUGCUCACAGCUUGUGAACGAUCGCCUUGUAUUUUUGGCAACUGUUCCCUCGUAAUCGGAAGCAGUGACGAAGGGUUCAGUUGCUCUUGUAGUCGAGGUUGGAAAGGCAAGCGCUGCGCGGAACGAGUACGUCCAUGUGCUUCAAAGCCGUGCAACAAUAGAGGGGCAUGCGUGGAAAGAGAUGGUGCAUUUCUGUGUCAAUGUAAUCCAUCGUGGAAGGGAAAGAGAUGUGAAGUUCCAAACCCAACACCAAACAUCGUCGGUCUUGGUACACGAAUGAUGCAAGAACCAUUUUGGCUCGGCCUAUUCGCCGUAUUCGUAGUCCUCGGCAUGAUCGGUCUAGUGUGGUGCGCCAAGAGACACUUCCCAGAGAAGAUAGAAAAGCUCCUCGCCGAGGAAGCCGACAGAUGCGCAAGACCGAGGGGCGCGGGCGAGGCGCCGCACCGCACGCUGCUCACGCGGCUGGGUAUCCGCAAGCCGUCCGUGUCGGGGCUCGCGCACCCGCGGGCCGCGCGCACCUUUAGUUUGGACGAUCUCUUAAAGCCGCCGCCCGGACGGUCACCGUCACCUCGUAAGAAACGUAAUAAUUCAACCCCAACGAAGAAGAAUGCUGCAGAAAAAAAGCAAAUUUUACAACAACUCAUAAGCCCAGCACCAGCUAAUGAUCAUUCAAAGAAAAUAACGAUGGGGGAAUUAAUACAGAUGUCUGAAAAAAGAACAUUAAGUACAGUAGAAAGCGCACCAGCUUUUGUAGAAUAUGGAGUAGAUAACAAAGAUACGUCAUUUGCCAGCGAAGCGUCGUCACCAUCUACAUCUCCUUCGAUGCGACAAAUAUCUGACCCGAAAUUAGAGAAAAAAGUGACUUUUGCGAGGUUACUUAACAAAGUAUCUGCAGAAAUGAGUUCUAGCUCUGACGUAGAUAUGGUUAAUACAAUUGCAAUACCGAUGGCAGUUAUAGCAGAUAGAACUAUUAAAGCUAAAGCUUCUAGCACACCGCCUUCGCCUGGGGUAGAAGUUAGAUCACCUCACAGUACAUCGAGUAAUCAGGGUAGUGAUUCAAUGUCGAGUCUUGAUUUAACGCUAGCGCAAUCGGCCCUUAAGAAGUAUUCCAGAACACCAAAAAUUUCAAGCGCAGAUUCGAUAUUGGCUAUGUUCCGAAAUUUCGCAUCAUCAUCAGCGAUGGUUUCUCGGACGUCUUCUGGUGCUAUAUCAGCGUCUAGUACUCCAACGGCGUCUUCUCCUCAAGAUGAUACGGUGGAUGCAGAUGAUAUAUCUAUCGCUUCUUCACACAUCCCAUCACUUGCACCGGAUUCACCCAUUGCAAGGCCACAUAAUACUAUAGAAAUACAGGUUGUAGAUCCUCUCAGUUCACACAAGCAGUCAUCGUCUGGUAACUUACUCCAUCCACCUUCCAUCCUUCUCGAAGUGCCUAGUAGUAUAAAUAAGUGUCUAUCUCCAAUACGUGAACUUCCAACUCCACUCCCUACACCUCUUCCCACUCCUUUACCUACACCAUUACCUUCGCCUCGUAUGCCCCGUGCAAAAAUGGAGUCAGAUAUAAAAAGUGAUUCAACAAUUACAUGUAUAUCACCGAGCGAAGAUGAAUUAGAUGAUAAAGUUGAACGCCCGAAAUCUGGAUUAAGAUUGAAGCUACGUCAGCCGGUUUUGAGUACAGACACACCGACACCGUCCACUCAAGUGACUGAUUCACCCAGCCCUAGCGUCACACAUAGUCAAGAUUCCGAAAGGGAACUAUCGUCUCCUUCACCUGCUCCACCAUCUCUUAGAGUUCCUGUCCUCACUAUUGAGCGUCCGUCUCCUGGAUCACCACCUCCAAGAAGAACACCGCCGCAUUUAGACUUUCAACCGCCUCCUCUGAUAACGGUCACAUAUAACGCAAGCGAGGAAUCCGAUGAACCUUUGUCACCGAGGCCACCGCCACCGACAGCAAACAUGUGCUACUUAAGCCCAUUCUCAAUGUCAGCAAGAGGUGAAAGAGCUCCCUCCGAAUCCAACUUAUCAUCAUCUGGCUACAGCUCUAUGGCAAGUCCAGGUCCUUCGAGGUGUGGUUCUAGCAAUCCUUUGUGUCCGUCUGAAAUGGAAGAUCCAGGUUCAGGUGGUGGUCCUUCUUGUUUUCAAUCUCGAAGAAGACCUCUAAUGAAAACGAAUUCAAGUCCAGCUACAUCUAAUGAUGGGGGAAACGAAAAGAGACGAGGUCGAUCAGAUUCGGAAACCUUAUCCGAUGAUCCAUUGUUAGAAUCGAAUGAUGAAGGAAUCGGCACAGAUGAAAGAGUAGAUGAUAUACCUUCUAGUGCAAAGGAAUUAGCAAAUUUAUCUGUUUUAAAAGAAACUUUAGAGAUACCACAAGCAGCAAUGUGUUCACCAAGUGGUGUUACAAAAUGUACAAUAGUUAAAUGCAUAAGUGUUGAAAGAGGUCUCGAUGAAAAGGUUAGCUUAAAACCACCAAUCCUCUUUUCUGAUUGCAGUCGUCCAUUGAGUCCUGUGAGUUCGAGAAGUGAAAGCCCUUUAAGUGAUAAAACCGGUCUCGGUUUAUUCUCCCCACAAUUUUACGGGCGUCAGUUACCUUUCACAGACUCCGAUGGGCUUUAUGAUUUUCCGAGUUCAGAAUGUGUGAAAGGUGGUAGCUGUAAAAACGGAAGCAGUCCUCACAGAAAAGCUGGUAGAAGAAGAGACAGAAGAACGUCAAGAACGACAUCUCACGAGGCAACUGGAACAGCUAAAUCAACUUUACCUCAUAUGCCGCAUUCCAUGCACAAUUUAUUAGAAGUGCCUUGUUGCAAUCGAGGUCGAAAAUCAGGAAGACGCAGGUCUAGAUCACAAGCGCCAGCACUGGCUACUUCAUCGUCUUCUGAAGAAUCAAUUUCCAACGCUUCCGUUGCAUCUGUUGCAUCAGCUAGAGAAUUCAGAUUACCAGAUAUGGAUAUGCAGCCAGAGACGAUGAGAGUCAAGAAACCUCUGCGGCGACAAAAAUGCAGGAGCUCUGAGGACACGACAUCAAAGAUUUCAUCGAAUCUGGACUUGACGGAAGACUCACGGAAGCCGGUCAAAGUGAGCAAGCUACGGACCAUCGGUCACCAAAUAAGGUUUCUUCGUCGUAUAGAAACAAAUCUAAAAUUGAAAGAAACCUACCCCGCGAUAUCAGACGACGAAGGAGACGAGUCCUCGAGUGUCACGUCACCCCUGCUUCAAGGGAGGAAGGAUCUUAGUGGCAUGCCCGCCCACGCAAUAUCCGCUCCUCUACUGGGAGCGGCAAGGCCUAAAAUCACGAGACAGAGGCGCUAUGAUAAGUCGCUUUUGAACGAUGAAACAAGAACGUUUAGUGCUGCACCGGGUCACGAUAAUUCGGAUUGAUU